GGUUUUUAAAAGCUUCCCAGAAGAAAGAAAAAGUGAAGCAACUAGUUGUUUACUCGCUCGCUCUCUCUCUCUCUCUCUGUGCGCCUGUUUCUCUCUUCCCGCAUCUGGAAGAUGACUAGGAAGAAAAAUAAAAGUACCCCGGUGACAUCAAUGAAAAUCCUCAAAGAGGAACCGACCUCAGUUCCAACUUUCAGUUGUUUUAGCAAAGUAAAUCCUCCAAGGUACAACAUGCUUCCAACCGAGACAGAUCUUCAUCUUCCAAAAAGAGAAGGUACAUCCGUUGCUUACGAACUAGAACUUGCUAGUGAAGAACUUGUUGUCAACGCUUUAGUGGAGUGCGAAUCCCAGCCGCCGAACGUGAUUGCCCAUCUCGCUCCUCUCAAGCAACUAUUUGCCACAUCAUACUCAGACGAUAAAUUCUCUAUAGCUGUGCAGCGUUUUGGCGAUACCAUCGUGUUGAGUCCUACUCUAGGUGACAUAAAUGUGGAUGAAGCAAAUUUGCUUUGUAAUUUUAGGACGCUGAGUUUGGUGCAGUCCUGUCGUUGUGAUCCAAAUAGUCACCCACUGAUAGAGAGUGAGCCGCCGCCAACCAUGCAGGAUCUACUAAAUUGCGAAUUCGAGGGGCUCACACUUUUCGUUGUUAACGAGUUGCUUCUGGCUAAAAGCGAAAAUGGCUUAACAAGCUUGCAUCUGUGGGAUGAAAAGUUUACCAAUGCCACGACGUGGAUGGAUGCUUGGAUUGGAAAUGUGAUAGCAAACGUGCCAGAAGUCACCGUUUGCUAUCACGAGAAGGGAACAGUCAUUGAUUACUUGUCGUUGAAGACAUCUGAGAUACCUUCAGAAAAAGGAAUCGUAUCUGCCGAUGGUAUGGUUCUGCAUCACGGGCUUAAAGUGCUUCGGUUUCUGCAUCUGCAUUGCAAAGAAGAGCGUACAGUUUAUAGGCUUUUCCGAAAGGAUGAUGAGCUUUUCCUCGAGCUUCCAGGAGGCAAGAUUCGUCAGUCUCCUCUUACUAUACGUAGUAGUCGGGUUUUUCAAAGAUUUGCGGAUAAAUAUUUGGACAAGGAAGAUUUUGAUCAAGCUAAAACGGCGUAUUGUAAUGCUCUGGCAACCUGCAAGAAUUUUCCCCCGUCCAGGGUCGCUGUACUAGCCAACCUCGGUCUAGGUCGAGUGGAAACAAUUCGAGCCGAACAGUUAGCUACCAAGGGGGCACCUGCCUACAUGCAAGUUUUGAUGAAGGCAUCAUCCUAUUACGAGGAAGCGAUGAGUGGUGUUCAAGCCUAUCCAGACGAUGAUGAACUGAAGCAGGUUAUUUACAAGGAGCUUGGUUCGCAUUAUACCAACUACGCACUUCUAUUAUCAGUACACACAGCGGUGGUUGGAACAGUGGAAGCUGCCUUCCAAAAAGCAUUCCGUAUAUACGAAUCAACAACUUUGAAAGAAACAUGCAGAACAGAAGCUUCACAAUGUUACGAUUACUAUUCUGUAUUUCAGAGACGUAUUUGCUUACAAUAUUUGAAGAAGAGCAAGUCGAGUAAAGCCAGCAAGGGAGCUAGAGUUGCAGAGAUAUAUUUUCGAAAAUCAUUGGAGUGUAUUGCAGGACCCGAGACUGACCACCUACUCUUCUCGUCCCGUCUAAUAGAGAUGGCUUCGCAUUACUGUGACAUGUACGACAUGCAACCCAUCCCUAAGACUCUCAAGUCAGCCAUGUCAAUUCUUCUCGACUGUGCUAAAAUUCCGGAGGAACAUGAAGAUGCAUGGAAAAGCAACGUGGUCUCUCUGUGGACCGUUUUGCAGAGGGUCCUAGAGGAACUAUCGACCAAGCAUGAAUCGGGUACUAAGAAACUGUAUGAAAAAGUGAUGCAGGUCUCACCAAGUGUGAGCGAGUUGAAGGAAAUUGAAGACAUGUGGAAAACGUUGUCUAAUGCAUGAAUCUUGUAGGCACUAGAAGCAUGAUGUUUAUGCGUAAAGACAAAAAUUUGCUCUGUUUGGUUUUCACAUUUAGAAAAACAUUUGGUACCUUUCUCCAUAGUAACAAUGGCUCACAUCAAAUCAUUUGUUUUACUU